GACCAAACUUUCUCCAGCGCAUGCUUAGUGCGGCCGUGAAGCGCUUGUGCGAACCAUUAAAAAAGAUGACGCGUUUCAAGAUGGCGAUACACAGGGUGUUGCGUUGUUUGUGUGUGUGAAAAAACAAUAUUUACAAUUUUGUGAGUUUCAAUCAAAAGCAUUCUCGGUGGUGGCAUUUUUUCGGCGGCAAAAAACGACAGGAUUUUUUCCAUGGCUGAUCAAGACGAAAAAGAAUUCCCUAUGGCGUUUUUCACACCCAUUGUUACCAUAAACGAAACGCCACCAGAACCUACACCAAAACCACCAAAAGUCAAGAAGAUAAAAAUAAAGAUCGAUGGUAGCAAACAAGGUGAGAUUUCUGGUGAAAUAGUCAAAGCAAAAAGAGGUAGACCUCGGAAGACUGAUAGUCAUAAGGUAAAGGUAAAAGAUGAGAUAGACGACCCGCCAUGGGCAAAAUUAAAAGACUCCAAGAAGAAAAAUAAGAACGGUGAUACUGAACCAGAGACUGCGCAACGAAGAUCUUCCAGGAAAAAAACACAUAUAAUAAUCAAAGAAGAAACGUCAGAUGAAGAAACUGUUAAGAUCAAAGAAGAACCCAAAGACGAGAUCGCCUUGGUACCUAAAGUGGAGGCAGUAGAAAUUAAAAAAGAGAUCAAAGAAGAACCUACAGAUUCAAUUGAGUUACCUGUAAUACUGCCUCUAUCGGAAGAAGAAUAUAAAGCACUAAUGACCGCUGAUUCUGAAGAAGACAAGAAAUUCAAAUGUCCGUUAUGUUUAAAAGAAAAACAGGAUGAAACUGAAAGGUAUCCCAAAGAAUUGAAAAUGCACUAUAAAGAACACCAUCCAGGAAAGAGACUAAGGCAGAGUCGAUUUUCUAGUGAGGUAUACCCUUGUGACAUAUGCGGAAAAGAGUUUAGAACCCCAAGUGCUGUUAAAGAUCACAUCGAAACACACAACAACUAUUUUUACUGUGAAAUGUGCAAUGCGUCUCAGAAGAAGAUAUUGGAGCAUGUCAUACAUUUGAGAAUACAUUCCGAAGAGGGGAUCUUUAAUUGUCUCAUGUGUGACUUUCGUACUCCUGAAAUCAAUUCAAUAACGAAUCACAUAAAUAAUCAUGAGGAUCUUUUGAAAUAUUGGUGCGACGCUUGUAAAAAGGGCUUCCAGAUCUUACCUUGGUUCCAGGAACACGACAACUACCACACGGGGCUGAAACCCUUCGAUUGUGAGUUUUGCGGCAAAUGUUUCCUGUAUUCCAGAUACCUACAUGCGCACAAAGUGAACCUUCACAAAGAAGACAUGAACUGUCCAAGCUUGCACGAAUGCGUCAUCUGUAAAAAGCAGUACCAACACAAGAACAGCCUUAAGCUGCAUAUGAACUCUCACACUGGUAAUUUCUCCAUUUGUGACAUUUGUGGUAAGAUGCUGUCGAGCAAAGAGAAGCUCAAGUUCCAUAUCAGGAUCCAUACUGGAUACAAACCAUACAGUUGUUCCUACUGCGAGAAGUCUUUCACCAAGAAGCCUAUCCUGGUGGAGCAUACACGAAUUCACACUGGGGAACGUCCCUACAUCUGCGAUUACUGCACCAAAGCAUUCUCACAGCGGUCCAGUCUGGUGAUACAUAUGCGAGGUCACACAGGUGAGAGACCAUACGUAUGUCAGUUCUGCACCAAAGCGUUCGUGGCGAAGGCUAUGUUGAAUAUUCAUCUCAAGACUUGCAAAGGUUUGCUGCUAAGGCAUGAUGACGUUUACUGAAGGUCAGUGGUAUCCAAUAACUAGUUACUUGACUGCUGUAUCUGUAUAUUGGUAGUUACGUUAGUUUUAAUAAACAGUGUAUAGGUAAUUAUAAUUUGAAUUCAGAAUUGUCUUUAUAGCAUUGCAUUACAGUUUGCCGUUUUUGAACACUGGCAUUCUACGGGUUUCAUAGGUCUUUUAUUUUCAAAAAAUCUAUUUUUUUAAUAUUCCAUAUGAAAGUAUAGUGCUUUAAGAGUAUUCACACCAAAUUUGAAGUGAAUUCGAGUAAUAUUACCGGAGUUUUGAGUAAUAUUACCAAAUCGGAGAUUUAAAUACCGCAAAGAUUUGAAUGCCGCGCGUGUUAGGUACAUUCGUUCUGCCUUCCCUAUACGCAUGCGGUGCGAUUCUACCGCGUAAAAUCAGCAACUUUAACCACGGUUUUCUCGCAACUUUGCUUUUCUGUGCCGUAGGCACGAUUUCUCGAGUACGAAUCGACCGAUUUUGCUGAAACGUGGCACAGUUCAUCUUUACAGGCGGGUUGACAUUACUAGUGAAUAACGAACGUGACUCACGCUUACGUAUU